AUGGCAAGCAAUAGUGGUCAAACAUCAGUGAAAGAUCUGGUGAAGAGUAGUGUGGCUCAGGAGGCUAUUUGGAAGAAUUUACACUUAAAAGAAAGUAUCCUAAAACACAAGUCAAGGUUGAAAUGGGUGCAGAAGGAUGACCUAAACUCUAAACAUUUCCAUUAUAUUCUCAAAUGCAGAACUAGAAGGAAUUUUAUUAUAUCCAUUCAAGCUGGAUCAGGGGUUGUGGAAGAGGUGAUAGUGGUUAAGAAGGUCAUAAAGGAUCACUUUGAAUCCAAGUUUCAAAGAAAAUAUAUUCAGAGGCCUAAGCUGGAUUACUCGGACUUUAUUAAACUUUAUAGAGAUGAGAGCCUGAGGCUGGAGAAGGAGUUUACUGAGAAUGAAAUUAAAGAGGUAAUCUUAGAUUUCAAAGGGAAUAAAAGUCCAAGACCAUAUUUAAAUAUGGAAUUUUGGAAGAGAUGUUGGGAGGUGGUUGGGAUUGAUAUGGUGAAUUAUGUAUACAAUUUUCAUUCUACAUAA